AUGGAUUUCAAAUUCCCUGGAUUUGAGCCUUUGAUGGACAUGAACGCUCGGAAGCUGUCUACAUUCCCGGAGGAAGUUUUGCAUUCAACACACCAGACGACACUGCUUCAUUCUUUGGAAGGUUUCGUCGAUAAGAUCGACUUUGAUAGGAUAUCCCAUCACCUUCUCCAUGGAGCGAUGAUGGCUUCCCCAUCGUCGACUGCAGCGUAUCUCAUGAACGCCUCGGAGUGGAGCGAGGACGCGGAGGCUUAUUUACGCUUCGUUGUAGAUGCAAGCAAUGGUGGAGUUCCAUCUGCAUUUCCCAUCACAAUAUUUGAAAUUACUUGGGUAAAGUCAAUCAGCUACCAAGUUCAAGCUAGCUUCUUACUAAAAGUCCUUCAGGUUCUUUCAACACUUCUAGAAUCGGGGUUCACCAUCCAAGAUCUCGGAGUAGAUAGCGUUUACUACAUUACGAAUUUCCUAGAAACUCAACUACGCAAUGGAUCAGGAAUCACUGGAUUUGCUCCAGAUAUUCUGCCAGAUACAGAUGAUACAGCGAAGGCAAUAUUGACCCUGAGCCUCUUGAAACGGCCAGCAUCAUGCGAAGAUAUGAUCAAGACCUUCGAGUCCCAAACACAUUUCAAGACGUAUAGUUACGAAUCCACAGCGUCUUUUAGCGCCAACUGCAACGUCCUUAACGCCAUCAUUCGAUCUACGAACCCGUCUCUUCAUCUUCCACAGGUUAACAAAUCACUUAACUUUCUCUGCCAAACAUGGUACGAGGGGAAGCUCUCUGACAAAUGGAUGUUCACACGCACUGCUAAUAACCAGUCACCCAAUGGGUCUUGGAAAGAUUCACCGGAAAUUACUGCAUACGCGGUAUUGACUUUGAAGAAACUUGCCCCCUUGCCAUGGAUUGCUAGGAUACUCGAUACAAGGACGCGUGAGAGUAUUGAUUGCGGCAUUAACUACUUAGAGGCAAACGAAGCGAGAUGGGACACGCCUGAAUUUAUCUGGGUGGAAAAGGUGACUUACGGCUCCAAACUCUUAUCAGAGACCUAUUGCCUGGCCGCGCUUCGGGCUUCUAGUUUUCACAACUGGACCGAGAAAGCUACCGGGCUUUUCCCAACACCAAUGAAUAAAAUCAGUAGUUAUACACACUUCUUUUCCAAGCUACCACUGUUUUCCCAAGAGCCGGUUUGGAGACUGCAGGCAUCUAUCGUCGAGGGAUAUAUGUUCGCACCUAUAUUGCGCUCUACGCAGUCAGAACUCCAAGUCUUCCCAGGCAAUGAUGAUGGAAGUGAUAAUUAUUUCGAUUAUAUCCCCAUAACAUGGACUUCGUGCAAUAACGCGACAGAUUUCACCCUAUGGCCCGAAGCUCUCUAUGAAAUGAUGAUCAUAGCCAUGCUAAAUUUCCAAGCUGAUAAGUAUCUCGAGGAUGUUUCCGACAAUGACAAAUUAAGGGGAAAUUUUGAAUCUCUAAAGACUGUUGUUCAUCAGCUAUACAAAAAUGCCCCUAAGAAAACAACAGAUACUCAUGAGGGCAAUCACAAGAACCAUGCAGUCAGCGGCAACAAGAGACGUAAACUCGACUCAAGUGAGGGCGACGAAAAUCCGGAGUCUCAAGACUUCGAUAAGUCGUACCCUUUCGAGAUCCUACAAGGCACAGAACAUGUGCUCUCUCGCUUCACCACGUACAUUCUAAGCCACAGGAAGGUUUCUAGCGCCAAUAGCGUCCUACAACGUCGGGUGAGGGAGGAAUUGUUGACCUUCAUUCUGGCACAUAUCGCCCAUAGCAAGCACAGCUCCCAGCUAUCAACGACCCGCCCGCAAGACGAGAUCCAAAUCUUCACCCAGGCCCAGACGUCUUAUUAUAGUUGGAUGCCUCAUCGCUCCGGGGAACUAGCUGAGAAGUCCGGCAAUGGAUUUCCCCAGUUCCAGUCGCAACAACAACAAGGAGCACAUCUCGAGGAGGCUCUCCGAAAGCUAUUCGACAUCGCUACCUACGAACGAGAAUGUCUUGAACAUGCAGUAGACAGACUCCGGGGGGGGAGAUAA